AUGGCUGCAGUUCAGACGGAGGAAGAAAUCGAUGAUACUGCAGGUGCCUCCCGAAAAGAAACAACUGAUGAAGAAGACAGUGAACCAGAAUUUCCUAAAACACUUGAAGAAUUUGGUUACGAAUUUUUUGGUGGGCAGGAAUUGAGAAACAUAGAAACUAACGAGAAGUUCAAUUUUGAAGCAAAACCACAUGAUCACGUGUAUAACCAAAGGCGCUAUGAAGCGCUUGGUGAAGCUAUGACCCAGUAUAUCUAUGAAACCUUGGAGAGAGAAAAGAUGAAGAAAGUAGCUGUACCUGUAGAUGCUGCCCCAGGUGAACCUGUCACCCAUGUUUAUUGCUCUAAAAAUGCGUUAACUACUGAUGAUAGCUUAAUCAUCCUAAUUCAUGGAAGUGGUGUAGUUAGAGCCGGGCAGUGGUCCAGGAGAUUACUGAUUAAUGAUAGUUUUAGAAGUGGCUCUCAAAUUCCUUUCAUCAGGCGUGCAAUUGGAUUGGGAUUUGGAGUUAUCAUUCUGAAUACAAAUGAUAAUUAUAGAGAAAUAAAUGGUGUCAAGCAUAAGAUAAGAGGAAGUGAAACAGCUGAAAAGCAUGCUAACUAUGUGUGGAGGAAAAUAAUUAUGGAAAUGUGUCCUAAUGUAGUACACAUUGGUAUCAUAGCUCAUAGUUAUGGGGGAAUAGUUGCUGUAAAUUUGUACAAAAAUUUCACUGCUGAGUUCAAAGAUAAAGUGUUUGGAGUUGCUUUCACAGAUUCAGCUCAUAACCUCAUUGCCCAGAACAUUUCAGUGCCAGACAUCAAAUGGCUUCGUAAGCGGUCUCGAAACUGGGUGUCUAGUGCGCAACCCCUGGAUACCCCUCUAGUUUUAAAUAAUCCAUAUGAAGUGGAGUAUUUUUCUGCAGGAACACAGAUCCAUGAACAGACCAACUGGAUGGCUUUCCACUCAAUUUUUUCAUAUCUUGAUCACCGCCUGCAAAGAAAGGUCAUGCCUCUUGACUAAAACAGCUUCAAAAGAGAGAGCAGAGUUGAAG